AUGCUAGUGAUUCGAACAUUUCCACUCCUCGUCGCUGGUUUUCUUUUUGUGUCAGCUGGACCAACGAUAAACAAGAGAGAAUCCGACGACGAGAAUCCACCAGAGGGCCCACACGAUAUGACAGAUUAUUGCCAGAAAAUUGCCGAAUUUUCGGGAUCACAUUAUUGCGAUACUUACGACAUUUGUUGCUCGCCCACUCGCCAAUUCUCGGCUUUAUACUGCACACAGAGAGAGUACGUCUGCACAUAUGACAAUGCUACGAACGAGGUCACUGACAAGAAAUGCGUGAUCUCCGGUUGUUUUUACCCGACCACCCCGCCAAAGACGGCUGUGACUCAAGCUAGUGAAGCUGAUCCGACUGCUCCAUCGGGAGAAGUACCGCCAGAGGCUCAAGCUCGUCCAGGAGUCGAGGGAACUCCGGGGAAUGAGACAGAGACAGCGGGAGGAGAUGGAGAUGCGGCUCCAGGCCAUUCACUCGUUCUCCUCACCUCGAUCUCCACGAUUCUCCUAGCCGUUUUCUAUCAAAACCCUGUGAUUCUU